AUGGCAGAAGUAAAAAAGAUUAUUGUUCAAGAAGCAACAAAAAAAAAGAGUAAGAAAAGUCAAAAGGAAACUGAUGGAAAUGGCGAUUUUCCAUUAGAGUUAAAUCCACCUCCGGAGUAUUUAUCUCAUCGCAUUAGAUUAUUUGAGGAAUGGAAAGCUACUUAUGACGAAGAAAUCAGGAAGAAACCGCGUGUUCCGAUUACUGUAAUAUUCCCUGACGGUAAUAAAAAGGAAGCAAUUUCAUGGGAAACAACUCCCAUGGACAUUGCAAAGGAGAUAUCAAAAUCAUUAUCUGAACGUAUUGUUAUUGCGAAGGUCAAUGAUGAAUUAUUCGAUUUAUGUCGACCAUUGGAAUCUGAUUGUACUCUAGAAUUACUAGAUUUUGAACACGAUGAAGGAAAAAAGGUGUUUUGGCAUUCAAGUGCCCACGUUCUGGGUGAAGCAUGUGAACUUCAUUAUGGUUGUCACCUUUGCAUUGGUCCUCCAUUAGAUGAUGGAUUUUAUUAUGAGAUGGCAAUUAAAGACCGAGUUGUUAGUCAAAAUGAUUAUGAAUCUCUUAGGAAGUUGACAACUAAAGCUACUAAAGAAAAGCAACCUUUUGAAAGGUUACUUCUCUCUAAAGAAAAUCUAUUGGAAAUGUUUCAACAUAACCAAUAUAAAGUUCAUCUUAUCAAAUCAAAAAUUCCUGAUGGAACAUCAACUACUGUGUAUCGAUGUGGUCCUCUCAUAGAUUUGUGUCUUGGUCCACACAUUCCUCAUACAGGAAAAAUUAAAGCCUUAGAAGUUACCAAGAAUUCUUCGUCGUAUUUCCUUGGUGACGCGAGUAAUGAUUCUCUUCAACGUAUAUAUGGAAUUUCUUUUCCGGACUCCAAACAAAUGACUGAAUAUAAGAAUUUUGUUGCGGAGGCCGCAAAACGUUAUCAUAAAAAAGUUGGUCAGGAACAAGAAUUAUUCUUUUUUGAUGAAUUAAGUCCCGGUAGUUGUUUCUUCCUUCCAAAUGGUGCUAGAAUUUACAACACGCUCAUUGAUUUUUUAAAGUUGGAGUACCGAAAGAGAGGUUAUAGUGAAGUAAUCACACCAAAUAUGUAUAAUACUAAAUUAUGGGAACAAUCAGGACAUUUACAGAAUUAUGAGGAAAAUAUGUUUUGCUUUGAAAUUGAAAAAGAAAAGUUUGCGUUGAAGCCCAUGAAUUGUCCAGGACAUUGUCUUAUGUUCAAACAUCGCGAUCGUUCAUAUCGCGAAUUACCUAUUCGUCUUGCAGAUUUUGGGGUAUUGCAUCGUAAUGAGUUAAGUGGAGCUUUAUCAGGGCUAACGCGUGUAAGACGUUUCCAACAAGAUGACGCUCAUAUAUUUUGUCGUCAAGACCAGGUAGAAGAAGAAAUUAAUUCUGCUUUGGAGUUCUUGAAACAUGUAUACACGAUUUUUGGUUUUACUUUCGAACUCAAUUUAUCUACACGUCCUGAAAAGCACUUGGGAACUAUUGAAGUUUGGAAUGAGGCCGAAAAGAGAUUGGAGGAUGCACUUAAUAAAUUUGGUGAACCUUGGGGAUUAAAUCCAGGGGAUGGUGCUUUCUAUGGUCCGAAGUAUCGAACCCAAACAAAUAAUGAAACUGAUCAAUCGUACGCUCGCCCCGUUAUGAUUCAUCGUGCUAUAUUAGGUUCCGUGGAGCGCAUGAUUGCCAUUUUAACUGAAAAUUUUGGUGGAAAAUGGCCUUUCUGGCUUUCGCCUAGACAAGUGAUGAUUAUUCCUAUCACAAAUAGUUUUAGCGAUUAUGUAAAAAAAGUUUCGAAUGAUUGCUUUGAUGCUGGUUUAUAUGUUGAAACUGAUUUGGGUGAAAGCACUUUAAACAAAAAGAUCCGCAAUGCCGAAGUUGCUCAAUUCAAUUUUAUUUUUGAGGAAGCUACCAAUUCGGUUAAUAUUCGAAAUAGGGAUGAUGCAGGUACUAAAUCCAAGGGACAAACAAUUAAUUUGGAAGAAGUUAUCAACAAGUUAGUGAAAUUAAAAAACGAAAAAAGACUUAAAAACAGUUUAGAUUAA